GGGGCAGUGCAGAGUACUAGAGGGGGCAGUGCAGAGCACUAGAGGGGGCAGUGCAGAGUACUAGAGGGGGCAGUGCAGAGUACUAGAGGGGAACAAUACAGAGCAAUAAGAGUAAGUACAGAGCAAUAGAGGGGUAGUACAGAGCAACAAAGAUGUGGAGUACAGAGCAACAGUAGGGGGUAGUGUAGAAUGAUAGAUAGGUACAGGCGCAUGCAGGUUGAGUGUAGAGUAAUAGAAAGCAACAGUAUUAAAGGUACAAUAUAGAGGAAUAGGGAGGUUCAUCAUGGAAACAGACCCUUUGACCCCACGGCCAUGAAUCUCACGUUAUUUUCCACACAUUCUCAUCCAUUCACCAUUCUCCCUCACACUUAGCACAAUUUACCAUGGGCAGUUAACCUACUAACCAACAAGUCUGUGGGAAAUUGGAAGAAACCGGAGCACCUGGAGAAUUCCCAAGUGGUCAUAGGAGACUGCACAAUCUCUACACAGACAGCACCCAAACUCAAUGUUGAACUUGGGUGAGAUAGCGGUUCUACCAGCUGUGCCACUAAAGUUCCAAAGUGGGCCAAUGAUGCUUCAAUGUAAGGCCCAGUGCAGAAACUAGACUGUUAAUAAUCCAGUAGUGGUUUAUCCUAUCGCUGCUCCUUCUCUGGACACUUGUGUCCAUAGCUGUUUCAGAGAUUAUUGGCUGGGAUUUAUGCAGGUUUUACAUUCUCUAUAUGUGUAGAAAUGAACUGCAGAUGCUGAUUUAAACCAAAGAUAGACACAAAAAGCUGGAGUGACUCAGCAGUUCAGGCAUCAUCUCUGGAGAAAACGAAUAGAUGACAUUUCGGGUCGAGACCCUUCUUCAGGCUGAGAGUCAGGGGGACCCUCAUCUCUACCCAAAACACCACCUAUUUUCUCCAGAGAUGCUGUCUGACCCGCUGAGUUACUCCAGCUUUUUGUGUUUAUAUUCUCUAUAUAUUGUUAACAACUAUGUUCAUUACCAUUGCAGCCAGCAGCUGAAUGUGAACCCAACACUCAUGCCGUGCAUGUCACAGGAGGGGAACAAUGACCUCUUCAUUCCACAACGGAUGUUGAUGUGUUUAUUUUGCAUGUUUUUCCCUAAAAUUUGCCAGUUGUGCCUCCACAAAGCUCAGGUAUCACUCAGUCCAGAAGCCCGUGAGCAAGGCAGUCGACAAACAUUCACUGAGCCUGACGUCUCUCACAGCAGAUUGUCCCCGAGACUGAGGAGGUUGCAGGUGGCCCCAUCUCCCUCCAUCUACAGUAGGACACUGGAGACUUGGAAUGUCACCUGGUGAAAUGAAGAUUCUGCUGCUGAUUCUGGGUUGUCUGACCACAGACUCCGCACUCGGUGACCCGUGUGUGACCCACACCGUCCUGGAUCAGCCCUGGAGGAGCAUGGAUUGUUCCAACACUGAGUGCAGCGCUGGGACAUGGAUGGAUGAUAGAAAUCUUGCAGUGGGAUGGUACAGAUUCAACAGUUCCGGUGGAUGGAAGAUUCCGGAGACUGUCGUUCCAGUGAAUCACUGCUCCGGGCAGUACCCAGGCUGGUUAGUCGAUUCCCAUCCCAGCGUGGGAGACGGGGAGGUGACCAGGACAGUCUGUUUCAAUGACGGCAGGUACAUCUGCUUCAGGCACCGGGAGAUCAGGGUGAAGAACUGCACCGGUUACUUUGUGUAUCAGCUGUGGCCGACACCCUUCAACUACGCUGUGUAUUGUACAGACUCUGCACUCGUUGACCCGUGUGUGACCCACACCGUCCUGGAUCAGCCCUGGAGGAGCACGGAUUGUUCCAACACUGAGUGCAGCGCUGGGACAUGGUUGGAUGAUGUAAAUCUCGCAGCGGGAUGGUACAGAUUCUACAGUUCCGGUGGAUGGAAGAUUCCGGAGACUGUCGUUCCAGCGAAUCACUGCUCCGGGAAGUACCCAGGCUGGUUAGUCGGUUCCCAUCCCAGCGUGGGAGACGGGGAGGUGACCAGGCCGGUCUGUUUCACUUCGGGCAGUUACUUCUGUCACUGGAACCGGGAGAUCAGGGUGAAGAACUGCACCGGUUACUUUGUGUAUGAGCUGCAGCCGGCACCCACCACCAACGCUGUGUAUUGUACAGACUCAGCCCCGGUGACAGAGUCCGCACUCGGUGACCCGUGUGUGACCCACACCGUCCUGGAUCAGCCCUGGAGGAGCACGGAUUGUUCCAACACUGAGUGCAGCGCUGGGACAUUGAUGCAUGAUGGAAAUCUCGCAGUGGGAUGGUACAGAUUCAACAGUUCCGGUGGAUGGAAGAUUCCGGAGACUGUCGUUCCAGUGAAUCACUGCUCCGGGCAGUACCCAGGCUGGUUAGCCGGUUCCCAUCCCAGCGUGGGAGACGGGGAGGUGACCAGGACAGUCUGUUUCAAUGAGGGCAAUUACAUCUGCUACUGGAAUUGGGAGAUCAGGGUGAAGAACUGCACCGGUUACUUUGUGUAUCAGCUGUGGCCGACACCCACCACCAGCGCUGUGUAUUGUACAGUCACAGACUCCGCACUCGUUGACCCGUGUGUGACCCACACCGUCCUGGAUCAGCCCUGGAGGAGCACGGAUUGUUCCAACACUGAGUGCAGCGCUGGGACAUGGAUGAGUGAUAGAAAUCUUGCAGUGGGAUGGUACAGAUUCAACAGUUCCGGUGGAUGGAAGAUUCCGGAGACUGUCGUUCCAGUGAAUCACUGCUCCGGGCAGUACCCAGGCUGGUUAGUCGGUUCCCAUCCCAGCGUGGGAGACGGGGAGGUGACCAGGUCAGUCUGUUUCACUUCGGGCAGUUACUUCUGUCACUGGAACCGUGAGAUCAGGGUGAAGAACUGCAUUGGUUACUUUGUGUAUCAGCUGUGGCCGUCACCCUCCACCAGCGCUGUGUAUUGUACAGAUCCAGCCUCCCUAACAACUGAGGAACCCCAGGAAACAACAGCCGAACCCCAGUCCACUGCCUCAGAACCAGAUACCUGCUCGCGGAUCGAUGGGGGGAUCAUUGGAACAAGUUAUUUCCCCCAAAGCUCCACUUCAGCAGGAAAAGAAUGGGAUCUCCAGACGUCCACAAGGGGACAGAGUGAAGGAUCACUGACUGGAGAAUCCACCCAGGAACCGUCUUCUGUUCCAGCGGGAGACACGUCCUCAGAUCUCCAGACGUCCACAAGGGGACAGAGUGAAGGAUCACUGACUGGAGAAUCCACCCAGGAACCGUCUUCUGUUCCAGCGGGAGACACGUCCUCAGAUCUCCAGACGUCCACAAGGGGACAGAGUGAAGGAUCACUGACUGGAGAAUCCACCCAGGAACCGUCUUCUGUUCCAGCGGGAGACACGUCCUCAGAUCUCCAGACGUCCACAAGGGGACAGAGUGAAGGAUCACUGACUGGAGAAUCCACCCAGGAACCGUCUUCUGUUCCAGCGGGAGACACGUCCUCAGAUGAAGACUACCCGAUGAUUUUGAUAAAGGUGACAUCGGAAGGAGGGGUGACUGUGGAAGAAGUGAAAGAAGCCCUCCGUGCGAAGCUGCGGGAGAUGUUCGAUGACCCGGACCCCCAGAUCGAGCUGGUGGAGGAGGAGGAGGAGGAGGAUUCUCAGGAUGACUGACGGGGACCGAGCUGUGAAUGCUGAUGGAGCCUGGCCUCGUGGCUCCAUCCCUCACCCCCCCCCCCCCCGUCCCUCACUCCCCCCCUCCCCCGUGGCCCUGGGGGUGAGCUGCACUGUUGCUUCACCACUGCAGCUUCAGCCUCUGCUGCUGGGAGUGGGGGCGCUCGAUACUGCUGGGUUUGCCUUUAUUAUUAUCACGUGUAGCAAGGUUGUUUUUAAUUUAGUCUAUUUUCACGUGUAUCGAGGUACAGUGAAACGCUUUGUUUUGCAUGCUAUCCAAACAGAUCAGAUAAUGCCAUAUAUAAAUGUAAUCAGUUAAAACAAAAGUACAACACAGAGAGCAAAGGAGAAGAGACAGAGUGUAGAAUGUAGUUUUCAGCAUUGUAGCGCACCAGUUCCAUAGACAAUGUCCAAUGUCCUCAAUGCAGUUAAGGUGAAUGGUUCAGAACCCUAGCUUAUGGAAGAACCGUUCAGAAGCCUGAUAGAGGGGAAGAAGCUGUUUCUGAGUCUGGUGGUGCGCGCUUUCAAGCUUCUGUAUCUUCUGCCAGAAAGGCACAUGGAGAAGGAGGAAUGAUCGAGGUGGGACAAGUCUUUGAUUAUGUUGCACCAUCUCCAAGGCAGCGUGAAGUGUAGAUGGAGACACUGGUGGGGAGCAUGGUCUAUGUGAUGGACUGGGCUCAUAUCUACAACUCUCUGCAAUUUCUUGCCGUCUUGGGCCCCAGCCCCAAAUCAGGCUGUGCCGCACGCCUACAGUAUGUUUCUAUGGUGUAAGUGACUGGAGAUGUGUCCAAUUUCCUCAGUCUCCUCAAUGAUUCAACUCGCCACUAAAGAUUUGUUUUUUACACACCCACAUCUGCACACUCACCACACAAGCACCGAUGCCAACGCCACACGCACACACACACACACACACACACACACACUCCUGAUCCCACAGACACACUCCUGACCCCAUACACACACACACUCCUGACC